GCAUUGACAAAUGGUUUAGACUCCCUGUGUGUUUAUAUGAAAUUUGCUUCCGUGUGGUUAGUCUAUGUUUACUACCUCCCCGUUUGUUCAAAGUCACAUGCAGAGGCCUAUACCAGUCUAAAGCAACUUGUCACAUGCAGGCCUUUCUCCGUCUUGCACCACUGACUGCACACCUGCAUGUUGUUAUACUGCAGUAUUACAGUCUGACUCCGUUUUCUGUUUUAUGUGCUGGGCCUCUUGCACAGUAAUAAUGGGGUGAAUUGUCCAAAGAGUGACACCUUGAACUGGCGCGUAUUUCUCUUAAAACCCAGUGACUUAUUUCUCUAUAUUUUUUCCCAUUUAUUUUAUCCUACAGCUAUUACCACAACGCGCGUCCGUGUGAUGUCUCGUGGACGCGUCCAGGUUCGCUUUUGCAUCUCGUCAAAACAAAGCGGGGGCGAGCCAAACCAAGAGAGAGUGCGCGAGCCAGCGAACGGCGGUUCUUGCCUCAUGAAUGAGUCCCUCUCCGCUGCACCGCUGGUCGGACCCUCUAUCCGCCUGAUGUCCGAGAGGAUGCGCAGACCGCCGGGGUACGGUAGAGGAGCCACCCGCUGUUAAACCCCGACAGCAAACGCUUCCUCGCGGUACUAUAUGACCGUUUCAUCCCUACCGGGAGCGACGCGACAAGAAACAGGAACGAUGCUCGAUGGACUCCGGCGGAGGCACGCCUCCCGGGCCUCCCCCAGACCCCUCUCCCUCAACUUCAGCACCUUCUCGGCCCCUCCCCCAAGCCCUGAUAUGGACAGCAGCAGCGAGCACCCAAUCAGGAGGACUCUACACCGGCUGAAGUUGAUGAGCUCUCCAAGCCUCAGCGAGCUUGGGAAGAGUGAGAAAAGUUCACCAGAGGACAGAGGGGAGAAGCAGAAGAGGGCAGGAGCCAACGCCACCUGGAACAGCAUCCACAAUGCUGUCAUAGCAGUUUUCCAGAAGAAGGGUUUGGCUGAUAAUGAACUUUACAUCCUUAAUGAAGGUGUCCGACAUCUGUUAAAGACUGAGCUGGGGUCAUUCUUCACAGAAUAUCUUCAGAACCAGCUGCUUACAAAAGGCAUGGUAAUCCUUCGGGACAAAAUAAGAUUUUAUGAAGGUCAGAAGUUACUUGACUCUCUGGCAGAGACCUGGGACUUCUUCUUCUGUGAUGUUCUGUCCAUGCUGCAGGCUAUCUUCCACCCAGUUCAGGGUAAGGAGCCCUCUGUCAGACAGCUGGCCCUGCUUCACUUCAGGAACACCAUAGUCCUGAGUGUAAAGUUGGAGGAUGCCUUGUCUCGGCCGAGGGCCCGCGUGCCCCCCUCUGUCACACAGAUGCUGCUUAUUCUACAGGGGGUCCAUGAACCACGUGGUGUGAAUGAGGACUACUUAAGGCUGGAGUCUCUGGUUCAGAAGGUAGUUUCGCCCUACCUGGGAACCCAUGGGCUUUACUCUGGAGAUGAUACUGAAGAUCAUUGCUGUGUUCUGGAUCAGCGUUUACCGUGGGGCUGGCCCAAGUCAGCCGACCAGCCAUCUAAGAACCCUGUGGUACGAUCAAAAAGCUACAAUAUUCCUCUGCUGCUGACCCCUGUGGCGGAGUAUGACCCAGAUGCCAGCUCGGUUAGCAGUGGAGGAAUUCGGCGCCACUCAGCUUGUGAGAUUAUAUCAUGUCUGGAAGAACAAGGAUUGGCCUACUCUGACCUGGCUCCGGGGUCUGAACUGUCCACCUCCUCCUCCAACAGGCUGUGCGUGGGCUCUCAGUUCAACGGAGCCGGUGCCAUGGACUUGCCCCUCUCGUCUCCCUCCAUACUUCAUUCCUCAGGAGCUCUCCAUGGCACAGAGGCCACAACAACAAUGACUGAUCUCAGCAAGGGCGCGUCCUCCUCGCCACCCAGUGAAUCCUCCAGCCCGGAAACCAUAAUUGGACAAGUUCUAGACUCUGCCGACUCAAGCUCAGAGGGGAUAUUCAUUGAUUUCCCGCUUCACUCUUCAGAAGCAAUGGGGCUUAGCCGCGAGAGCAGGCAGAGCACUGUGUAACUGUGGUUGCCUUUAGGGACGCACACCGAGUUUGUAUGGAUAUAUUUUGGGAGAAAAUGAGAAGAAAUCUUCUUAUUACAUUUAAAUAAUUAGGUACCAUCUUCUUUUUUUGUUUUUUAACUUUAGUACGAAGAAUUUCCAUUUCUUCCAAGUGCUUUACAGAUGCAUUAAAACAUUUUAAUUCUUUGUGAAACUUUUUUAGCAGCUCAGAAAAAAGCUUGCACGUCCAGCAAAACUUGGAAAUGGUACUGAUUUUACUAAAUGUGUUGCUCGUUGCAAAAUUGUUCAAAAUUUCUAUUAAUCAAAAGACCAAAAUCCACAAUGAAUUAAUUGUAUUGGCAUGUAUAGCCUCUCUAGUCAAAGCCUGAUUCAUUUGACCACUCUGAGUCAGAGAGGUCCAGCUGCACUUUUAUCCGUCUUACAUCUUGGAAACUAUCCUUGCUAAAAGGAGAAUCAACUGUGUAUCAAUCCACAGUUGAAAAUAGUCCCCAGCUAGCAAUUUGCAAUUCCACAAAUAAAUUUUGUAAGUAUUAGGAGGUUUUUCUUAUUUAUAAAUGCAACUGUAUGUCUGUAAGCCACAUCUAAAGAAUCAUCCUCAGUGUGAGACAGGCUGGGAAACAGGACUGAGAGUUAAACUGACACAUUGUUGGUUUUGAUUAAAUGAGAAUGUUUUUACAUAACAGAUUUUU